UAAAAGUAAUGGCCAAGUAAAAUAAACACUUUACGAAAAAGUGUCAAAAACUUACGUACAACAAAAAGUAGAAUGGUCCGUAUUGCUUUUGUAUAAUAACUUAUUACGAACUUGCUUACGAAUUACGUACAAAGAAAAAAACCUCUAUCAAACAAAAUAAUUUGAUGUUUCACAAUGAAUUGUGCUGUAAUUUUAACUACAAUUUUGGCAGCGUCUCUCAGCGUAACUCAAACAAAGCAGGCAUACGAUAACAUUCCCGAUGUUCUACAAAAAGUGCUUGUAAAAUACGAAGACAUUAAUAAUAAUUCUAAUAAUAAUGAUAAAAACAAAGACAUCCGAAGGUCUUCGUCUAAUGAUCCAGACAUUGAAGAAGCAAUUCGUAAGAAAAUAACCGAAUUGAAGCCAAUACUUGACGAUGACAGAAAUGGAAAAGUAGAUGAUCGCAAAAAUGGAGAGUCAUUCAUAGAUUUUUUAAAUGAAAACAAAACGGAACAGAUGGAUACCCCAAACCAGAAAUAUAAGAAACUUAGGAACGAAAUAGAAAAGCAUUUAAAGGUUGAACCUAUAUCGGAAGAAACUAAACGUAUUGUGAUUGAAUCUUUAGAUCAGAUUGAAACUGAAUUGAAAAUGAAUGAUUGCGUUUUGAAGAAGACAGAAAGAAAUGACAUGCGAAGACGAAAUUCACAUGGAAGCAAACCUUCUAUAGUUAUUCCUGAGAAUAUGGCAGAGACGGAAAUAAUUAUGAAACAUAUAAAAGAAAAAUGGGAUAACGUAGUAAGUCAAUACUUGAUGCCCCCUGACUCUAAAACUCAUAAUGAUACGAUUCGCAAAGUAGCAUUUGUGUUCCUUACUCGGCUAAGGCAGUUUGUUUUUGAUGUUCAUGACGAUUAUACAAAACUACAAAACAAGUAUGAGAUAAAAUGUGGUUCGUCUAAUAAACCAAGAGUACACUCUCCAAUUUUUAAACAAACAAAAGACCUUGAUAAAGAUGAUACGUGCAGUGAUCUUAUUAUAUGUUCGGCAGAACUAUUAGAUUUUUUAGCUGAUUUCUAUAACCAAUUAAAUGAAACAUACACUGAAGUGUUCAAGAACUAUAUUGAAAUGUAUAUGAAAGAAGUUGAAGCAGGUAAAGAUGAGAAAGAAUCUUUUAAAAAUAUCUUAGAACUUAUUUUAGAUCACGCACGAGAUAAAAUAAAUAAAAUGUUUUCAAAAGAAUUAGAAAAACUUAACGAUAUUUUGAAUAAUCGUUCUAAAAGAACUGAUGGUCUUAAAAACAUAAUUGAUAGAACAGUAGAUAAAAGUAAAGAGUUAAUUUACGCUUCGCUGUCUAUGAAACUGAAGAAAUUGAAACCUAAACUACGCUUAACUAUUAAAGAAGACAUAGACGUUUCAAUCGGUAUAGAAUUGGGGAAUCUACAAAAAGUAUUUAAGGAUAAAAUGUGUGUAGUAUUUCGAACAUGUAACGGUGAUAUUGCAUUGCGGAAAAGUAACACAGGUAACACAGAACAGUAUAAUUACAUGGAUCCAAAUAGCAUUAAAAUAAGAUUAAGAAUAGGACCUAUUAUACCACACAAGAGUAUUAAUUAUGAUUACAGAAGAAAACAAUUUAAAGGACAUGCAAAAAACACUCUGGAAUUGAAUGACAAAGUAAAUGCGAGGAAAAUUAAUAUUGUAAAACCUUUUAAUAUCAGUGAAUAUACACAUUCAGUAAAUGUAACAAGGACGACAUAUGCAGAGUUUACUGAGAAAGCUACAACAUUAAUAAUGGGAAAUUCGUCGCAAGUGAAAGAAAAUGUAAAAGAGAGUGAAGACUCCCUAAUUAUCUAUUUUUAGUACGAAAUAUAAUUGUGAUAUUUAAAA